AUGCUAGGAGGAAUCCACAAAGUGCUGUCACGCGGGAGUGUCCUGAAGAGUACUGUCCUUCAACACAUCCGUCUGGUGAAUCCUGUGAUGCGCCCUCUUUUGUUCCCCCGCCAUGAGUCACUUGCAUCAGCUCGCAUGGAAGAGCAAGGUUUUGAAAGCACAACUAUCUCAGACAUCUUGAAAACCAAAGGCAAAAAUGCCGAUGGCUCCUGGCUGUGGUGUACAACAGAUGAUAGUGUUUAUGAUGCUGUGAAAUCGAUGACACAGCACAAUGUUGGAGCCCUGGUGGUGGUGAAACCUGGGGAUCAGAAAUUAAUUGCUGGGAUUAUCACAGAAAGGGAUUAUCUGAGGAAGAUCAUAGUGCAGGGAAGAUCAUCCAAAUCAACUAAAGUAGGGGACAUCAUGACUGAAGAGAACAAGCUCAUCACAGUCACACCAAAAACCAAAGUUUUGAAGGCAAUGCAGCUGAUGACAGGUAUGGUCUCUAUCGGAGAUGUGGUUCGUGCCGUGGUGGCUGAGUAUCGGGACGAGUUAGACCGCUUGAACGCAUUCAUACAUGGUGGCUACUAG